GUGGCCACACUGCUUGUGCGUGGAGCAGCGCGGGGAGAGGAUUCGGUUCCAUCGAUGGGCAGAGUUUUUAUAUAAGCCCCUCUAUGUGCCACUCGUCUCUCGCCAGCAAACCAACAACAACCACCCAGGCCAGCGGGCAACAACAACGCACACGCGUAUAAAUAAACGUGAACGCAUAACAACAACAAAAGCAACGGCGGAGCAGCUAGAGGAAGAGCAGAGGCAAAGGAGGAGAAGAAAAAGCAUUGGAAGUGUCCAACAGGCACCUACCCCACACACCACCCAUCAGUUCCAAUGCUGGCGUAAAGAAGCCGAAACACCUGCUGCUGCCUGUGGAAAAGCUGGAGGAGCUGCUCCAAACUGCCCAGGUGACAUCCAACCAGUUGGAGGCGACGCACCUGCCGCCUUGAGGAACCGGAGACAACGGAGGAGGACACGGAUACGGAAACGGUCACGGUCACGGACUCGAUUUUAGACUAGCAGCCACCAUGAACGCCAGCCUCAUCUAUGAGAUACUCAUGUAUCUAAACUCGUUCUACUUUGGCAUGUACGCCGCCUUCGAGGUGGGCGUGGGUGUUCUGAAGGCGAUCAAUCUCAACUACGGCGAGAACGCGUUGUCCCGGGAGGCCAGUAUCCUGCUCUCCCUGUGCAUCAUCGAGACCCUGCGCAUCGUCUUCGGCCGCAAGAGCAGUCUCAGCGAUCGUGGCUGGCAAGCAACCGCAUCCGUAAUAUUAACACUGCCCAGUCUUGCUAUUGUUAUCUACUUGUGUUGUUUUCAAACCUUUGUUCUCAAACUCGAAAUUAUUCUGAGUGCCUUAAUGAUCACCCUACAAGGUGCUGAACUAGUCUACGCCAGCAUAUUCAUUUGUACAAUGUGUCGCCCCGUGACAUACACCUAGCAGUUGAUAUACCACGUUGCCGCCGCCACGUCAACGACCAAGAUCGAGAUCAAGACCAAGCCAUCACUUACACUCCCACCUGGAGGAAAAGGAGAAGGAGGAAGAGAAGCAUCCACAGCCGAGUGGCGACUACGACGAAGACGAGACAAUUUCAACUGGUACUUUCACAUCAAGGGAUUCGCAAAGUCCUUCAAACUGAGCCACGUUGAUGUCAACUAAGCCACCAGCACACAACAAACUACCCUAAGGAUCCACUUUUAACACGCAGAUACUAGAGCGAACACCGAAUCAAAACAUACCCAUUGGGUGGCACUCGUGGAGGAUUUUCUG